AUGAAUAUCCCUACGAUCGACAGAUUUAUGUAUCUCAAGGCAUGCGUACAGGGUGACGCAAAAGAAAUCCCAGAGCAGGACGUUUCGAAACCUGUAAACUGUUAUACCACUUUGGUCAGCAUUCAUGCACAAUUACCAUCGCAAGUAAUUCUUGGACCGGCAUUAGUCGAAAUUUUAGACAAUAAAGGUCAAUAUCAUCCGUGCCGCACUCUUCUGGAUAGUUGUUCUCAGUGCAAUUCAAUUACCGAUAAAUUUGCUUCCGCUCUCGGUCUCAAGAAAAAUCGUCUUGACAUGCAACUCAGAGGAGUAGACAACUUAAAAACGAAUGUCAAAUAUACUACCUCUACUAACAUCAAAUCACGCCUGGCUGAUCCUGAAUUUCACCGACCUGCAGACGUAGAUAUUUUAAUAGGGGCUGGAUUUUAUUACGAACUUUUAGGGGCAGGAAAAAUUCGUUUCCCAGGUCAAUCAGCCGUUUCGCAAGAAACCGAUUUAGGUUGGAUUGUUGCCGGACGUUACACCCAACCUGGUACUGCCCCGAUAAGUCCGAUGCAAGCUUCUUGCAAUCUUAUCAAAUUUCAAGAUUUACCGAUUUUGGGGGAACUAGAACCAGAAAAUCCAAAUAAAAUUCGUUCUCGGGAAGAAAAGGAGUGUGAAUCGCAUUAUGUGAAAAAUACUACGCGGGACGAUAGUAACCGCUACGUAGUCAAACUGCCCUUUAAUAAUAAGAAAGAUUCGCUUGGUGAUUCUCGCAAUACAGCAUUUCAAAGAUUUUAUACGCUAGAACGUAAAUUCGAGAAAACCCCUUCUUUUAAAUCUCAAUACAUAGAAUGCAUGCAAGGUUAUCUCACUGAAAAUCAUAUGUCAUUAAUUUCCAGUCACUUAGUUUCAAAUAAGGGCUAUUUUCUCCCGCGUCACGCUGUAGUAAAGGAAAGUAGCAUUACUACAAAAACUAGAGACGUAUUUGACGGAUCUGCCAAAACUUUGACUGGUAUCUCUUUAAACGAUACUCUCAUUGUUGGUCCUACUAUACCAGAGGAUCUGUUUUCCAUUCUUGCUCGAUUUAGAACAUUUUUGUAUGCCAUGACAGCAGACAUACAACAAAUGUACAGGAAAAUUCGUGUAGCGCAAGAUGACAGUCUUUUUCAGAAAAUCUUGUGGUGGCCAGAACCUUCCGAACCUAUCAAAAUUUAUUCAUUGAAUAGGAUUACCUUCGGAACCGCUUGCGCACCAUUUCUUGCAAUUUGCACACUACACAAACUCGCGGAUGACGAACGCGAGUCGUAUCCCAUUGCGUCGGCUAUUCUCAAACGCGACUUCCAUGUGGAUGACCUCUUAACAGGCGCGCAUAAACUUCAAGAGGCUCUUGAACUUCGAAACGAUUUAAUUACUCUUUUAAAUAAAGGCAGUUUCAAUCUGUGA